AGCUCGGGAGGCGUGCACCAUCAACACUGGUCCGCUUGCCUUUCCCCCAAAGUUGGUUUAAUUUUGAUACCGCUGCACAAACUACUCCGUCCGAGCAUGGCCAGUCGAAAUAUGCAACAAGCGAACAUGCAAAGCAGCAACUCUCCUCAACCUACGAAACACGGGAACGACUCCCCGGCCGCGGAGCAGUUACCGGCGAACAAAGACAGCCCAGCGCAGCCUCCUCCUGCUCCGCAGCAGCAGCAGCAGCCCCCCACGGCCGAACAAGCGGACGGAGCAGGUGAGGGAGCUGGAGAAGGUCCCGCUGAAAUGACUCUGGACAUAACGAGUUUUCGAAAGCCCGGUGAGAAGACUUUCACCCAGCGGUGUCGGCUCUUUGUCGGGAGUCUUCCGGUGGAUAUUCCGGAGGAGGACUUCAAAAACAUGUUCGCAAAAUAUGGGAAAGUUAACGAGGUGUUUAUUAACAGAGAGCGGGGAUUCGGCUUCAUUCGCCUGGAAACCCGGACGCUGGCGGAGAUUGCAAAAGCUGAGCUGGACGGGACAAUUUUAAAUAAUCGACCCAUCAGGAUCCGCUUUGCUACACAUGGUGCUGCACUCACAGUCCGCAACCUGCUGCCUGCAGUAACAAACGAACUGCUCGAACAGGCGUUCUCUCAGUUCGGGCUGGUGGAACGGGCUAUUGUUGUGACAGAUGACCGUGGCCGUCCCACUGGGAGAGGCAUUGUGGAGUUCGCAAACAAAGCAGCUGCACGUAAAGCCCUGGAGCGCUGCACCGAGGGAGCGCUGCUGCUGACCACCACACCAUGUCCAGCCAUUGUGGAGCCCUCAGAGCACUUUGAUGAUGAGGAUGGACUGCCUGAAAAACUGCUGCAGAAGGUUCCAAAGUACCACAAGGAACGAGAGCAGCCGCCACAUUUCGCCCAGCCGGGAACGUUCGAGUUUGAAUACUCGUCUCGCUGGAAAGCUCUUGAUGAGAUGGAGAAGCAGCAGAGAGAGCAGGUGGACAGGAACAUUAGAGAAGCCAAAGAGAAACUGGAGGCUGAGCUGGAGUCGGCCAAACAUGAACAUCAGCUCAUGUUAAUGAGACAAGAUCUAAUGAGACGUCAGGAGGAGCUGAGGAGACUGGAGGAGCUUCGUAACCAGGAGCUGCAGAGGCGAAAGCAGAUCGAGAUGAGACACGAGGAGGAGAGGAGGAGGAGAGAGGAGGAGAUGAUGAGACACAGAGAGCAGGAGGACCUGAGGCGCCAACCAGAGGGCUUCAAACCAAACUACCUGGACAAUAGAGAACAGGAAAUGAGAGUGGGUGAGCUGGGCCCUCGUGGAGCCAUUAAUAUGGGAGAUGGCUUUAACCAGGGGUCUGCAGGGCCUAGUGGUAACCAGGGUCAAAUGAUGGGCAUGAGUGGAAGGGGAGGAGCCAUUGGCCCAGAGGGAACGGCAAAUAUGGGCACACCAUUGAUGUCAGAGAAUGGAGCGAUGAUACCACAGCGAAAUGAUAGAUACUCUCAGGGUGGAUCACUGGGGGGUCGACCAGAAGUCGAGUCCCCAAAGCAGCAGCAGCAGCAUCAGCCGCAGCCGCAACAGCAGCAGCCGCAGCCACAACAGCAGCAGCAGCCACAGCAGCAGCAGCAGCAGCCAUUGGGCCCCCAAGUUGGACAAGUCCCAGGAUUUGGGAGGGGGAAUCCCAUAGGGGGAGUCUUUGAUGGGCCAAAUAACAAGCGCCGCAGAUACUAACUUCUCAACGUUCUCAUGGAUCUUUGUUACAGUCCCUGCCCAAGUUUUCUUUCUCUGUUUUUACAUUGACCCCGUUGUUGACCUACGACCUACAACCCUCCCUGUGACUUGGACAUGUUUGCUGAAAAAAAAAAGGGGCUCUUGUUUUGUGAUUGAUAAAAGUACAGGAUAACGUUUUGUAUCCUCACUUACCUGCAGUGUUUAUACAGAAUAUGUUUCACAGCACAUGUUUCUCCUCUCUUUUUUUUCCUGAAUGAAACAGUCUGUGCUUUCUUCUGGGCUGAAUAGUGAGCAAACAAGUUUCACUGCAUGUGGAGAAAGGCCUUCGCACUCAGACAUCUGUGCAGUUUCUAUGGCUGAUGAUGUGUUGGAUACACUUUAUUAAGCUGCUUCAGGGGAGUGUUAACUUUAACAAAGAUUAGUUAGACAGGACAUUGAUUAGAGUCAAAACAAGAUUGCUGAUGUUUGAUGAACUGUCUUAAUAAAAUAGUCAGUCAUAAAAU